GCUCCUGCUUUGGGGACGCGUCACCUUGAAUCCCACUUAACUAUUCUUCCCACCUUUGACCAUCACUCCGCGUUAGCCACAAAGAGCAUGGUGCCUCGCACCCAAACCUCUGCGGCGGGAGUACUCGCUCUUCUCAGUGAACAGGAACCAUUGCUGCAGCAACAUGCCCUCAAGCAACUGAACAUACUUGUGCCUCAAUUUUGGGCCGAAAUCUCGGAGUCAGUCUCUGUCAUAGAGGCAUUGUUUGAGAGCAGAGAACUGUCAAAAGAUGCUCGGGAUUUAGCUGCCCUAAUUGCCAGCAAAGUUUACUACUAUUUAGGCGAAUACGACGAAGCACUGUCAUUCGCUCUAGGCGCCGGGAAUGCUUUCGAAACAGAGAGGGACGUCGAAAGUUCGGAGGAAUACGUAGAAACAAUUGUGUCCAAAGCAAUUGACCGCUACAUUGAUAUUCGGGCAUCAGAGGAGUCAGGCGCAACCUAUGUCAAAAUUGACCCUCGGUUAGCCGGCAUCAUCGAGGGUAUUUUCAACAAGUGCAUUGAGGAUGGUGAACACAAGCAGGCUUUGGGUAUUGCGCUCGAAAGCUCCAGACUUGACAUAAUCACUCAAAUUUACGAACUAACAAGAGACACGGAUAUUCUAUCGUAUAUAAUGGAGGCGGUACUUGAUACAGGUUUCACUUUGGCGUUUCGUGAUAAGGUGUUACAUCAUAUUCUUCCCUUAUUUCCUCCUCUCGCUCCAAAAGCGCGCCAUAUCCACACUUUGACCCGAAUUCAUGUCGCGUUGUCUUCACCUCCCCUGACUAUCCCUCUCUUAAGCGGCCUCGUGGAAGAAGGUCUGAAUGGUGACAAAGAUCAGCUUGCCGUUGCCUACCAGAUUGCGUUUGACCUCGUGGAGGGAGCGACGCAGGACUUCCUGGAAGCUGUCCGAUCUGGCUUCCCGGAGCUAGCCCCGACCGAAGAGGGUUCCGCACCAAUAAAAACACCCCGAAGCGACGCCACCGAACGAUUACGCACGAUUCUAUCCGGAGAGACAAGCAUCCUUUUCUAUUCCGACUUCUUCGAACGCAACAACCACGGCGACCUUCUGGUUCUGAAAGAUACCAAGGACUCUUUAGAUGCGCGCUCAUCUAUCUUUCAUUCCGCACUCACCUUUUCGAACGCUUUCAUGCAUGCUGGGACAAAUUCGGAUGAGUUUCUGCGGAAUAAUUUAGACUGGCUCGGUCGUGCAUCAAAUUGGUCUAAAUUCAGUGCGACCGCUGCUCUUGGGGUCAUACAUAAGGGGAACAUUCGGAGCGGCAUGGAGCUCCUACGCCCAUAUCUACCGCAACCAGAUGGAUCAUCGCAACCAGGCGGUAGCCAAUGGUCAGAGGGUGGUGCUCUUUAUGGAUUGGGUCUUAUACAUGCUGGCCGGGGGAAAGAAAUACUCGGCCAGCUUCGCGGUAUUUUGCGGGGCACUUCGAACGAAGUUGUUCAACACGGUGCAGCUUUAGGUGUUGGUGUUGCAGGCAUCGCAGGCCAGGAUCGAGAGGCGUAUGAUGAUUUAAAGCAGGCUUUGUACACGGAUAGUGCAAUAGCAGGGGAAGCUGCUGGCUACUCUAUGGGGUUGGUUAUGCUCGGGUCUGGGUCCGUCGAAAUAAUCGAUGAGAUGUGGCAGUAUGCACACGAAACACAACAUGAGAAAAUCAUUCGUGGUUUGGCCAUCGGUAUUGCCUUCAUUUGCUACGGGAAGCAGGAGCAAGCCGACUCUACGAUCGAGAAACUUCUAACCGAGAAGGAUCCAAUUCUUCGCUACGGAGGAGCAUACACUCUCGCAUUAGCGUAUGCUGGGACUUCAGACAAUGGCGCUGUUCAGAAGCUGCUGCACAUUGCAGUUUCGGAUACUUCGGAUGAUGUCCGGCGAGCUGCUGUGACUUCUCUCGCCUUCCUCCUUUUCAAAAACCCUAAUCAGGUUCCGCGGAUGGUUCAACUUCUCAGUGAAAGUUACAAUCCACAUGUUCGAUGCGGUGCUACCUUGGCUCUCGGUAUCUCAUGUGCUGGUACUGGAUCCCAGGAUGCAAUUGAUCUAUUAGAACCGAUGACGAAGGAUCCAGUUGACUUCGUUCGUCAGGGUGCAUUUGUAUCCCUCGCUAUGAUUCUCGUCCAACAGUCCGAUGCAUCACCCUCCCUAACGUCUACUCGUACCCUUUUUACGAAAAUCGUCUCAGAUAAGCACGAGGAUCCUAUGGCCCGCUUUGGUGCUGCCCUGGCCCAGGGAUUGAUCGGUGCAGGUGGACGAAACGCUACCAUCAGCUUGCUCAGUCGUGCGGGAAGCAAGAAUAUGAACGCGAUCGUGGGAAUGACAUUGUUCACCCAGUUCUGGUAUUGGUACCCGUUAGCGCAUUGUGCAUGUCUUGCAUUUGUUCCUACCGCGAUCAUUGGUGUUACAGAUGAGUUGAGAACUCCCGUGUUCAGUUUUAUUUCCGACGCGAAGCCAAGCCUGUUUGCCUAUCCAUCUAUCACCAAACCCACUGCAGAAAAGCCCAUUGAGAAGGUAGCGACUGCUGUUUUGUCGACUACGGCAAGGGUGAAAGCUCGCGAGAGAAUCAAGGAGAAAAAGCAAGCAGAAGCUAUGGAGACUGAUAAGCCAGCAGAAAAGGCAAUGGAGGAUGUGGACAUGAAGGAUGAAUCAUCGUCCAUUACAUCCACCGCUGUCCCUGCUUCUGGAAGUGACGAUGCUGGAACAUUGGGUGCUUCCACGUCGGAUAAUGUGCCCUCCGCUUCAUCGUCAAAACGUGAGAAGAAGCCAGCGGAACCGACUUCCGAAGUUCUGCAGAACCUCUCCCGUGUGACGCUCGCCCAGCUUGCAUACAUCGUCUUUCCACCCGAGAACCGCUUCCAGCCUGUCCGCGCUGUUGCAUCCAGUCGCACUGUCUCUUCUCCAACUGGCAAGAAAGUCGAUCGAUACGCUGGCGGAGGCGGAAUCCUUGUGCUUGUGGACUCGAAGCCUGAAGGUGAACCUGAGUGGGUGCUUUCGCUUGCUGAGCAAGCAGCAGCAGCCGCUGCUCCACCACAGGCUACUCCUCCGGCUUCUCAACUGGGCGCUGCAUCAGCGCCAGCCCCUGCUUCAGGUUCGCAUGGUGAACCUGCAUUAGCAGCAGCACCAUCCUCGGUGACUGACGAUGAGCCAGUCCCGGAUCCGCCAGCUUCGUUCGAGUACCCUUUCGAUCACGAUUCUUGAUACCUGUGCAUGGCUUUGUUGGCUCGCCCUAGUGUAUUUAGCUCGCGAAAACUAAUUUUUAUUUCACCUCUUCUCAACAAGUCUUACGGCGCUGUUCAUUUAUAUUGUGAUGGAAGGUUGAG